AUGAAGGCAUUCUCAAUUGAAGUCGGUCCUGAGACCCAACCUAAUGGCGGCCGUAUUCGACGUUCCAUUUUGGCUGCCGACGGUGUUGUCCGAGUUCCUGCCACGGACGUACACACUCUGUAUGAUGUGCUCGACCGUAGUGUCAAGAAAUACGGCAACCGAAAAGCUUUUGGCACUCGUCGCAUUGAGAAAAUGAUUGAAGAAGAAAAAGAGGUCGUCAAGAUAGUCGAUGGUGUCGAAAAGAAGGAAAAGAAGGUGUGGAAAUAUUUCCAAUUGUCAGGCUACGAAUAUGUAACAUACAAGGAGGCCGGUGAACGUGCACAUGCCAUCGGCGCAGGUUAUGCCGCGCUUGGGUUAUCCGAAAAGACAAAGGUCGAAAUAUUCGCGCCUACUACUAUGAACUGGUUGCUGACAGCCCAUGGUCUCUUCACACAAAACAUGACCAUCGUCACUGCAUACGAAACACUGGGCGAAGAAGGUCUGUUACAUUCCAUGAACGAGACCGAGGUUGAGGCCAUUUUCACCUCAGCCGAAUUGUUGCCAGUUGUGGCCAAGGUCGCCCCCAAUUGUCCUUCCCUGAAACAUGUGGUGUAUCAUGGUGAUGCCAAGGCUCAGGCACUGACAAACUGCAAAUCCGGCAACGUCCAAAUGGUCAUGUCUCUAGACGAAUUGGUCAAGCUAGGCCAGGAGAAUCCUCGCGAGGCCCGCAAACCUGAGCCCGAGGACCUUUGUUGUAUCAUGUAUACUUCCGGUAGUACUGGUAAUCCCAAGGGUGUCAUACUAUCCCAUAAGAACAUUGUCGCCGCAAUUGGUGGUGCCAAUGCGUUGUUGGGUCACCUGAUCACGGACACGGAUAGUAUCUUGGCUUACUUGCCAUUGGCCCACGUACUCGAGUUUGUAGUGGAGAACUUGUGCAUGUUCUGGGGCAUCACCCUUGGUUUUGCGAAUGUGAGAACGUUGACUGAUGCUAGUGUGCGCAACUGCAAGGGUGACAUUAAAGAAUUCAGACCAAGCUUGCUCACUGGUGUGCCACAAGUCUGGGAGUCAAUUCGGAAGGGCAUUCUAUCCAAGCUGAAUGAAACAUCGCCACAAGCACAAAAGAUCUUCCAGCGAGCAUUCGCAACCAAGGCAUGGUUGAUGGAACGCAAAUUGCCUACGGGGUUCAUUGACAAGACUGUGUUUGCCAAGAUCCGUGAACAGGUUGGCGGUCGUCUGAAAUUGGCAUUAUCCGGUGGUGCGCCUAUUUCUUUGGAAACGCAAAAGUUUUUGUCUGUUACAGUAUGUCCUAUUCUCGGUGGCUACGGCAUGACAGAGAGUUGUGGUAUGUGCUGUAUCAUGUCGCCUGAACAAUUUGGGUUCGGUCAUGUCGGAGCGCCUGUUCCUUGCGACGAAAUCAAGCUAGUGGAUGUGCCCGACGCCGGUUACUUGUCCGCUAAUGAUCCGCCUGCUGGCGAAGUUUGGGUACGGGGUCCUUCUGUCACGAAGGGUUAUUGGAAGCGUGACGACCUAACCAAGGAAACGGUUACCGAAGACGGCUGGCUAAUGACAGGCGACAUUGCUCAAUGGAACCCGAACGGCACAAUGACGAUUGUGGAUCGCAAAAAGAAUCUUGUCAAGCUGUCAAAUGGCGAAUAUAUCGCACUGGAAAAACUCGAAUCGAUCUACAAGAGCUGUCUGUACGUCAACAACAUUUGCGUCUAUGCCGACUCGUUGCGCCCACGCGCCGUAGCGCUCGUGGUGCCUGUCGAGAACUCCGUCCAGAAAUUGGCGUCGGAGUUGGGCGUCGCGUCCAAGGAAUGGGCGGUGAUUUGCAAUGAUGCUCAGGUGAAAAAGGCGAUCCUGACGGCCUUGUUGGGUCAGGCCAAGGAGGCCGGACUCAAGCCUGCAGAAAUGCUCUUUGACAUCUAUGUGUGUCAUGAGGAAUGGACCAUCGACAAUGGUCUCUUGACAGCCGCACAGAAGUUGAAGCGAAGCGAUAUCAACAAGGAAUACAAGGAGAUACUGGAUACUAUGAACGCUGCUCAAAAGAGCUAG